CAGAUACGCACCUGUAUAUAUAGCAGCACUCGCAUAUCCUCAACUACUUGCCUGUGCCGCUAUAGUAAGUCGACAAGAACCGGCGGAACUUUAAAACCCGGACGAUCCUAGUUCUCUCUCAGUACACCCAUCCCGUCACGAAAUGAGAUUGAAAUUGUGUGUGAACCGAGCGUCGUCGUUUAGGUACUCUCGGUGAAUAUUAAUCACGAAAAAAUGGCUAAAUUAUAAAAUAGAAGCGAGUACCGUGUGUGCGGCUUGUAAGCAGCGGAAAGUUGUGGUUCCCUCAGUACGCAUUGAGGAGAGUGUGAGAUUAGUGUGUGCGACGUGCGUGUUUGAAAAAAUCGGAGGAAAUGUCAGACAAAGAUCGAGACUACAUCGGUUUUGCUACUCUUCCUGACCAGGUCCACCGAAAAUCAGUUAAGAAAGGCUUCGAGUUCACGCUGAUGGUGGUAGGUGAAUCGGGGUUAGGGAAAUCCACAUUGUUAAACAGUCUCUUCCUAGAAGAUUUAUAUAGAAAUAGAAAAAUUCCAGAGGUCAGUGAAAGAAUAUCUAAAACUACAAGCAUCGAGAAGAAGACUAUGGAGAUUGAAGAGAGGGGUGUUAAGUUAAGGUUAACCGUAGUUGACACACCUGGUUUCGGGGAUGCAAUCAAUUGUGAAGAAAGUUGGAAAACUUGUGUCAAUUACAUCGAUGAGCAAUUCAGGCAAUAUUUCACAGACGAAAGUGGACUCAAUAGGCGGAAUAUGCAAGAUAACAGAGUUCACUGUUGUUUAUACUUCGUGCCACCUUGGGGUCAUAGUUUGAGACAAAUGGACCUUGAAGUAAUGAAGAGACUGCACCGUAAAGUUAACAUAGUAGUAGUAAUUGCCAAAGCAGAUACCCUCACAUCAUCUGAAGUUGCCAAAUUAAAAGCAAAUAUUCUUAACGAUAUUCGAGACAACGAUAUUCAGAUGUAUGAAUUUCCAGAAUGUGAUAGCGAUGAAGAUGAAGAAUUUAAGCAACAAGACCGAGAACUAAAAGCGAGCAUUCCAUUUGCUGUGGUGGGCAGCAAUACCACUUUAGAAAUAGCUGGAAAGAAAAUCAGAGGACGGCAAUAUCCAUGGGGUGUUGUCGACGUGGAAAAUCCAAAACACAGUGAUUUUAUCAAACUCAGGACAAUGUUGAUCUCAACCCAUAUGCAAGACUUAAAGGAUGUUACAGAAGACGUACAUUAUGAAAAUUUCAGGGCUGCGUGUAUUUCCCAAAUUUCUCAGCAUGCACGAGAACGAGGGAAACUAAAAAGAGAUUCAACCCCAUAUGAUUCAGAUAUUUCUGAAACAGAUAGGCUACUAAUACAGAAGGACGAAGAGAUUCGUCGGAUGCAAGAAAUGCUAAAGCAAAUGCAAGAGAAACUCAAAGUUGAUGCUCAAGACAACAAUAAAAAACACGAAAGUAUUAUCGAUGUGUAGAUUUUUAUUAUUUAUUUAUUAAACUAGUUUUUAAUUUAUCAAUUUAAGACCAAAGACGUCUAGUUAAAAUGUUUUUUUCAUAUUUAUAUCAAUAUUUAUAUGCGUAAUGUAUGUUAUAAAAAAUAUAUAGUUAAAAAC